ACUCCUCCCCCGGUUCCCAGCAAGCCCUGAGAUGAACAGCAGACUUUUUGUUCCACUUUAAUUUUUAGGCACGACUGAAUGCCCAUCACAAAGCCCUGUUCUCCUUGCUGCUCCCCUACCCCCAACCCAGAGGUAUCACGUUUUUGGGUGUGUCAUUUUCUGUCUGGGAUGGCUUAACAAGAUGAGCCGAUAGGGUUCCCAGGCUGCCUAGGGUUACGUAACCCAUUGUGCUCACGAUCUUAGGAUUUGCCCUAACAAGCAAACUCAGAAAACUGCUGAGGAAGGCGCGGGCGGGCGGCUGUGCGAGGCUGCCUGGGCUGGGGUCCCGCGGAGGCUCUCUCUGUCCUCUGAAGUGCCUUUGGAUUUAUGUCUGCACAUGGCAUUGCUUUUUCAAUUGGGGCAGCCCAUUGGGGCUCAGCCUCUGCCAGGACGCUGCGAAGUCCAGCUCAUUCGGACAGACUCCCGUGAUGUGUGCAACAGCACCGACCUUCCGGAAGUCGAGAUCAUCAGCCUCCUGGAGGAGCAGCUGCCCCAUUACAAGUUAAGAGCCGACACCAUCUAUGGUUAUGACCACGACGACUGGCUCCAUACACCUGUCAUUUCUCCCGACGCCAACGUUGACCUCACCACCGAGCAAAUUGAAGAGACGCUAAAAUACUUCCUUUUAUGUGCUGAAAGAGUUGGCCAGAUGACUAAGACAUAUAAUGACAUAGAUGCUGUCACUCGGCUUCUUGAGGAGAAAGAGCGGGAUUUGGAAUUGGCCGCCCGCAUCGGCCAGUCGUUGUUGAAGAAGAACAAGACCCUCACGGAGAGGAACGAGCUGCUGGAGGAGCAGGUGGAACACGUCAGGGAGGAGGUGUCUCAGCUCCGGCAUGAGCUGUCCAUGAAGGAUGAGCUGCUUCAGUUCUACACCAGCGCAGCAGAGGAGAGUGAGCCCGAGUCUGUUUGCUCAACCCCGUUAAAGAGGAAUGAGUCGUCCUCCUCAGUCCAGAAUUACUUUCAUUUGGAUUCUCUUCAAAAGAAGCUGAAAGACCUUGAAGAGGAGAAUGUUGUACUUCGAUCCGAGGCCUGCCAGCUGAAGACGGAGACCAUCACCUACGAGGAGAAGGAGCAGCAGCUGGUCAACGACUGCGUGAAGGAGCUGAGGGAUGCCAAUGUCCAGAUUGCUAGUAUCUCAGAGGAAUUGGCCAAGAAGACAGAAGAUGCUGCCCGCCAGCAAGAGGAGAUCACACACUUGCUGUCGCAAAUAGUGGAUCUGCAGAAAAAGGCCAAAGCUUGCGCGGUGGAAAAUGAAGAGCUCGUGCAGCAUCUGGGGGCUGCGAAGGAUGCCCAGCGGCAGCUCACGGCCGAGCUGCGUGAGCUGGAGGACAAGUAUGCUGAGUGCAUGGAGAUGCUGCAUGAGGCGCAGGAGGAGCUGAAGAACCUCCGGAACAAGACCGUGCCCAGCACCACGUCCCGGCGUUACCACUCGCUGGGUCUGUUUCCCAUGGACUCCUUGGCAGCGGAGAUUGAGGGGACGAUGCGUAAGGAGCUGCAGCUGGAAGAGGGCGAGUCUCCAGACAUCACACUCCAUGGACAGAACUUAAGUGAGACCCUGGGUGGGACAAGCAUCCAAGGGAACUUCAGUGUAUGUGUGACACCCUCUGCAGCCCAGAAGGAAGUAGCCAUCAUAGAAACAUGCUCAGCUGCUUGCCUUGGUUCCCCUGGAGGGUCCUGCAGCCCCGGGGACGGCCGCCACUGUGCCCUGCAGCCCUGCCUACAUUCCACCCUCACGCCCGUGUCUUCUUCCAGAAAUGAGGAGCGAAGUAAGAAGCCAGGGACGCCGGGCACCCCCGGCUCCCACGACCUGGAGACCGCGCUGAGGAGGCUGUCCCUGCGCCGGGAGAACUACCUCUCGGAGAGGAGGUUCUUUGAGGAGGAGCAAGAGAGGAAGCUCCAGGAGCUGGCGGAGAAGGGCGAGCCCCGCAGCGGCUCCCUCACGCCCACCGAGAGCAUCAUGUCCCUGGGCACCCACUCCCGCUUCUCCGAGUUCACCGGCUUCUCCGGCAUGUCCUUCAGCAGCCGCUCCUACCUGCCCGAGAAGCUGCAGAUCGUGAAGCCGCUGGAAGGUUCUGCCACCCUGCACCACUGGCAGCAGUUGGCCCAACCUCACCUUGGGGGCAUCCUGGACCCCCGGCCCGGUGUGGUCACCAAGGGCUUCCGGACGCUGGACGUUGACCUGGAUGAAGUGUACUGCCUUAACGACUUUGAAGAAGAUGACACAGGUGACCACAUUUCUCUCCCGCGCCUAGCUACCUCCACGCCAGUUCAGAACCCAGAGACCUCAGCACACCACCCUGGGAAGUGCAUGUCUCAGACCAACUCCACCUUCACCUUCACCACCUGCCGCAUCCUGCACCCUUCGGAUGAGCUCACUCGGGUGACGCCAAGCCUUAACUCAGCCCCAACUCCAGCUUGUGGCAGCGCCAGCCACUUGAAGUCCACGCCGGUGGCCACACCAUGCACUCCACGGAGACUGAGCCUGGCUGAGUCCUUCACUAACACCCGUGAGUCCACGACCACCAUGAGCACAUCCCUGGGGCUUGUGUGGCUGUUGAAGGAGCGGGGCAUUUCUGCUGCCGUGUACGACCCCCAGAGCUGGGACAGAGCCGGCCGGGGCUCGCUGCUGCACUCUUACGCACCCAAGAUGGCCGUGAUCCCCUCCACCCCGCCGAACUCGCCCAUGCAGACGCCCACGUCCUCCCCGCCCUCCUUUGAGUUCAAGUGCACGAGCCCCCCCUACGACAACUUCCUGGCUUCCAAGCCGGCCAGCUCCAUCCUGAGGGAGGUGAGAGAAAAGAACGUCCGCAGCAGCGAGAGCCAGACCGACGUGUCGGUCUCCAACCUCAACCUCGUGGACAAAGUCAGAAGGCUCGGCGUGGCCAGAGUGGUGAACUCAGGGCGACCCCACAUCCCCACCUUGACUGAGGAGCAGGGACCCCUCCUGUGUGGGCCCCCGGGGCCAGUGCCAGCCCUUGUCCCCAGAGGCCUGGUACCCGAGGGCCUGCCCCUGGGAUGCCCCACUGUCACCAGUGCCAUUGGCGGGCUGCAGCUCAACAGUGGCAUCCGGCGGAACCGCAGCUUCCCCACCAUGGUGGGGUCCAGCAUGCAGAUGAAGGCCCCCGUGACUCUCACCUCAGGCAUCUUGAUGGGUGCUAAGCUCUCCAAACAAACUAGCUUACGGUGAGGACCGCAGGGGCCGCUUGCCCUGGAGGAGGUGACAUUCUCCUGCCUUGCGCCCUCCUCCCGCUCCGCUCCUCCCCGGGGCGCACUCCCUCCCGCUGCCCUUCUCUGUCCACCCCCUCCUGAGCUAGACAAAUCAACCUCGUGCCUAAGGGAGGAAGAGUGGAAACUUUGUAAAAUGUGUACAUAGGACUUGGAGACCCCGUGUCCGCCCUGCUCCUUCAGAUCCCACGGGAAACGCGUCUGCACUGUCAUCACGCUCACGAAGACUUCACCUAUGCUCACGUGGGGGAAGGUGGGGUCCUUUCCUCUUUCCUUUUAGAAGCACUGAAACUCCCAAGUGUGUUCUUAUCCUAUGGAUAGGAAACCAGUGAAUUCUGUGGCUGGCACACCACGAGCUGUCACGCGGCACAGGUCAUAACACCUCGCCUCGCCCACCCUGUAAGGAGCCUAAGCAGCCUCCGUCCUCAGCCACGUGUGGCUGACGUGGCUUUGCUGAUCGGAGGGCUUUUCUUUUUAUGGGUGGCCCAGCUUCUUCAAGACCUUCGCUGCUCCGCCUCAGUGGACAGUCGUUUCUUCUCUGAGGUGUGACCUUUUGUUUUCACGCCUUUCCCUUGAGGUCAUCCUGUGGUUUGUGAGCAGCCGUCAGGCCCGAUGUCCGACCUGAGAGAAUGUAUUUAUGGUCCUGCUGCGUUGUUCAGCAGCCCGUCCGUGUUCUGUGUGAUCUGUUUUAUUUUUCCUUUUUUUAAUAUGCAGGGAAGUCAUGGUACUGGUAGUGUAUGUUGUCUGUGUGGUUCAAAUAUGCAUUUCAAACACACCAAGCCGCUAAAAAGAUAGCAGCUUUUUCUGGGACCCUGUGUCACAACCAAAUUGAUGUAAGACCAGACACAAGACACCUUUAACAAUAGGAUUAAAAGGAAAAAGGAUAGGGGAGAAGCUUUUUAAAGAAAUCUGUCAACACCAAUUUGUCACAAGCAGGCAUAAUAACAAACUGGUUUCAGGGACAACAAGGCUUGGGCAUUCCGCUGUCUCCAGCGCCGCCUCUGGAACCCAAGGCCGGCCGGGGUGCGGUCGCCGUGCGGUCUCCGAUCGCGCCAUUCAGUGCCCACACGUUCUGCCUUCUUGUCUGACAGCAGCACACGGUCACAGCAGGUGUUUUCUUUCCCUCCAAAGCCUUUUUCUCCCUGUGCCACUUUUGACCCUUAGGAAAAGACACAGGUGCUUGCGAAGAGAACCAGGAGGCUGGUCCUGUUGCAGUCGCCGAUUCGGUUUUAAACUUUUAUUUAUUAUUUGUGUCUGCCGUGUUUUAAAUACACAUUCUCUUUCCUUCCAGUUCCAGUCAUAGUGUGUCUGUGGCAUCCCAGUCCAACCACAUAACUUACUGAUUCUAAUGUGAGGGCUGCACUACAUCAUGGGGUCCCGUGACACCGUGCUCCAGACAUUUAUGGAAGGAAAACAUCCCACAUAAAUGAAACUGUCACUCUGUGUCCUCCCCACCAGCAGAAGAUGCAUCCUUCCACUGAGUGAGGGUAACCUCAUGCCCGCCAAGGAUAAAGCCCCUAAGGAACAAGCUUCAGUCCCACGGUUUCAGGCUAUUUAUUCUCUGAACACAAGAGUAUCGGUUCAUUGUUCUCAGCUGUCCUGACUGUUGUAUGUGUGCACUCACUGCAAGUAACUUAUAUCUUUUUAUUUGAAUGUAUUUUAAAGCAGUAGGUAGAAUAACAAAGGAAUAUGAAAAUCAUAGACUGAAUGGACCAGUUUAUGUAUUGAGAGAGAGGAGGCGUUCGUCAUUGCCAGAAAUAUCAUGUAAAAAUUGGCAGUUCAGAGGUUGCAACAUUUACUAUAGUAAAUAAACAGUCACCAUUGUGCAACCACUACCAAAAAGUGUGUUGUAAUGCAUCAGAAAUCAGCACAAUUUCAUUUGCUGAUGAGUAUCAAUAAAAUAAGUUCAAAUGAUGGAAACCACA